UUCGUCGAAUUGCAUUCGAUCUGGUUCCAAAAUGGCCGACCACGGCGAUGCAGUUUCACCGGCAUGUUCCUCUAGCGCUGCGCGCUCGAGCCAACGUCAGAGCCUCGAUUGAAAAGAAAAACACAUUUAUCCUCUCUGACUCACUGAAAUGAAUUUAACCCCUGCGUCACCCUUCACCGCGGCGAGAGAGGAGCGCGGCAUCACCGACAUUCUGCGAAACUAAAGAGACAUGGGAACACUGCAGUGAAAGCUGAUGGCUUAAAGUGGCGUCAGGUGCAGGGGUGUCCGGGGAGCGUCACGAGGGAAUGGACCCCACUGAUGCGCGCCUGCUCAACAUGUGAGCUUUUCAUUCAUAGAGAAUAUCACUGGCAUCUCGUAUGCUCGCGGACAUAGGACGUUUGGUUAGUUCAUUUAGUUCUCAUACACCGGAGCCUUUAAUCCGUUAAUUGCGAUUUUGUCUGGGAAUGAUUGCGACAUCUGUGCGCCAUCAGCAUGGGUGUUAUUUAACGGUGACACUGCGUGGACAGAAGCGCGUGGACGCUGCGCCGUAUUGCGCGUCUCAGCUGUUUUAAAGCGCUGAUCGCACAAAGCGGCAUAAAACUCGAACGGCAUCGGAUACAUCCUGCAGCAGGGAUUGUACUUCGUUUUGUUUUAUACUAUUAAAGAGGACGGCCAUAUGUGAGUGCUUUGAAAAUCACUGACAAUUGAUUUAAACGGCUUGAUGUGAGUGUCGCGACGCACUGUGGAUAUCGCGUCUCAUCGCAGCAGCUGUACGCGUUGAAGACGCGAUUGUUUUCAAGGACUCCUCUCGUGAGUAAAACACAUACGUGUGCAUGAAACGCUAUAUAUAGUGCGGAUAUUUGGGUUCAUGAAUGCUAAAAUGAGUUGUUGUGUAACACUAAUGAAACAUAGCUUCGAAAAAGAAGAAAACGGAGACAAGGCAUGAUAUGGGCUAUGAAAUAACCGAAUAUUGGCCUGAACGCACUUCACAAACUUAAAAUGCAUCGGUCAUGGGAAAUCUUUUUCCUAACAAUGGCAUGGUCUUGAAAUGCGUCUAUGAAAGGAAGCCACAUUAAUGGCUUGAAUAGAGAACAAGCUAUUGUAAUGAGGGUGAAAAGAAGAGAGAAAUGAACUGGGUUGUUCUGGAAGACAUGCGCACACCUCCCAGAAGCCAAUUUAGUAUUGCAGGGGAUUUAUUAGAACAACUUGGGUCCCACUCCCUGCCUUUACAUCUCCAUCGCCUCUGGAUAGGAUGACUUCUGAAGAAAAUGUCUCCCCAACACUUGUGAGUCAUGAAUAUAUCACAGCUAGAGACGAGCUUGACAUUUGAUGUUCAAAUAUACAUGUAGAAAACAAGAAGCCACACAUCGCCAAGAUGGAUGGAAAGGAAAUCAGCUCCCCUAGACUCAUGGAUAUUUGCUGACUUGGCUUUUUCUGCUUGUCUUUGCCGUUCUAUGGACUACAGGCAAAAUGAUACUGUGAGCGUUGGCUGUUCUGUGACUGCCGAUUUUGGUUUUCGUUCAUUUUUAUUACUCCGUGGGAGGAAAAUUGAAGCAUAGAUGUCACUUUUGUUUUGCUCAUUGAUGUUGUCGCUGGCAGACUGACUGAUUAAAUUUUGAACUUUCAGAAGGAAAAUGUUAUUCGUUUCUGCAAACCGGCUUUGAUCUUCGUUCAGUGAUUCCACGGUGGCAGAGGAAAGAUGGCACACUUGACAAAAGAUUAGGAAUUCUCAUUUUACAUCCGCACACUGACAAACCCGCACACACAUGCUCACACUCGUCGUAAAACACAAGCUGACAAAUCUUCCCAUGAUGGAAAUCUGCCCUUACCUAAAUCCAAUACAGUGACUACCAAAGCUGUUUUUGACUUUGAGAGCAUCUCUGGUUGAAAGUGACACCUGUUUUGCUCUGCUUACCCUACUCUAACACAAGCACAUUUUUGUCUCUCCCCCCCACCCGUGUGACGUGGGGGGGAGGGCUUGCACCUGCAGGGUGAUCCCAGAAGAGUUCAUCUCUCAGCCCAGCAGACAGUGACUGUCACGCGGAUCUUUCAGCAUGGAUGCUGGGCAGGGCACCCCGGAGAGCCCUAACCGGGCGGUGGAGUACCUUCUGGAGCUCAACAACAUCAUUGAGAGCCAACAGAAGCUUUUGGAAACACAGCGGCGCCGCAUCGAGGAGCUGGAAGUUCAACUGGACCGACUCAGCCAGGAGAACAAGGACCUGCGGCUGGACCGCCAGCCAUUCCCUCCCCCGCCUCCGCCUCCCAUUCACCCCACCCAGACCCCCACAUCCCAUGCUCACGCAUCCACCCACAUCUACGCCAAUCAGAGCCACAACAGCGGGCCUAUACCGAUCCCCAUCCCGGCUCCAGCGCCCCCACCACCUCCUCCACCGGUACCGCCACGGGACCGUAGAGUCAGUGCCAAUACACACACAAGGCUCGGCCAAAGCCUGUCUGGACCCAAUGCCACGGAGCGAGAGAGAGACCGAGACAGGGACCGAGACAGGGAAAGGGAGAGAGAUGGUGCCCCUAGUAGUUUGGGAAGCUCACUGCAGAAACAACCAGAUGGACACUCCUCCAACAAAGACAGUGUGGAAGAUCGUCAGUGUCCUGACACGGUUAGCUUUUCCGACAGCUCCUGCAGUCAGGGCCCGUACCUGGGCAAUUCGGACCGCUACGGAAACCUUCGAAACGCACCCGGCCCCCAGGGGCCUCCCGUGGCCCCUCCAAGCCCAGCAAGUCUGGCCUGGGCGCAACGGACCCGGCACCAACCCGCAAGCCUGGCUCUGCGCAAGCAAGAAGAAGAGGAGAGCCAGCGCUGCAAAGUGCUCUCUGACAGCUAUGAGCUCUCCACAGACCUACAGGACAAGAAGGUGGAGAUGCUGGAGAGGAAGUAUGGUGGCUACUUCCUGAGCAGACGAGCGGCUCGCACCAUACAGACGGCGUUCCGGCAGUAUCGCAUGAACAAGAACUUUCAGCGGCUGCGCAGCUCCGCCUCUGAAAGUCGCAUGACACGCCGGAUCAUCCUGUCGAACAUGCGUUCGCAGUACUCGUUUGACGAGAGACAACCACAGGUUCAGCCCCAGACUCCACAACAGCAGCAUGAUCGAUACGGCAGUCAUCACCUGUCAUCUAUGGGCACAGCGGGCCAACCAGGAACUCCAGACACACAGCAAGAGUCUGAUUCACCUGCCCACUGUCCUUCAGACAGAGAGGAAUACUCACAUACGGAUGACGCCUUCAACAAACAGGUGACAUCUUUGGCUGACUCAAUGGACGACACUUUGACAUGUCAGUCAAGUCGAGGGGAUUCUCAGGAUGGUGGUGGGGGGGCCGGAGAGGAGAGUGAGGAUUUCGGCGAGUGCGUGUGGAGCAACAAACCUACCCCACGCCGGGGGAACUUGGGGGAACAGGAGCGACUGAGGGUAAUGCACGAAGACAGCAGUGCCACCUCGUAUAGCGAUGUCACGCUUUACAUGGACGACGGGAUGCCGUGUUCGCCGCUGUCCAUUGAUCGAGUGCCCUCUAGCACGGACACGGAGUACUGGGGUGUCAGCAGCGGGGUCGGAGGUCGUGAGGACAGCCGGGAGACGGAGGGCGGCGGCAGCAAUAACAGCCGGCGAAGCACACCGUGCACUGAAUGCCGGGAUUACCGUUUACGUGGGUCACACCUUCCUGUUCUCACUAUAGAGCCGCCCAGCGACAGCUCCGUCGACCUGAGUGACCGCUCUGAUCGUGGCUCUCUCAGCAGACAGCUGCUUUACGAGCAAGAGCCCACGGGUGCUGGGUCGCCCCAAGGAACUCUUAAACACAACCCCGUCCCUCGCUCACCCAAUCCCUGCACAGCGCAGGCACAGGGCCAGGCACGACCAUCGGGCCGCCCAAUUCCGUCACCUCUCCCCACGCAUCUACCGCAUCAUGCUAUGAUGCACCAACAUCACCACCCGCACCCUUACCAUCCAAUACACCACCACCCUUUACCACACAUCCAUCACCCGUACGCAGACCCCACGUCCCCCUCACCCACCCAGCCUCCACUUACGCCGCUAUCUUCCUCAUCCUCUGCACCGCUGCCCCCUACUGGCCUGGAGCAUUCAGAUGGGGACAACGACUCGCUGAACUCCACCACCAACUCUAAUGAGACCAUCAACUGCAGCUCAGGCUCCUCAUCCAGAGACAGUCUGAGGGAGCCGUUGCCUCCGCUGGGAAAACAGACCUAUCAGAGAGAAAGCAGGCACAGCUGGGACUCGCCCGCUUUUAACAAUGAUGUGGUGCAGAGGAGGCAAUACCGCAUUGGACUCAACCUCUUUAACAAGAAACCAGAAAAGGGGAUCCAGUAUUUGAUAGAAAGGGGUUUUGUAUCAGACACACCUGUGGGCAUCGCACGCUUCAUUCUAGAGAGAAAAGGCUUAAGUAGGCAGAUGAUCGGGGAGUUUCUGGGAAACCGACAAAAACAGUUCAACAAGGAUGUGUUAGACUGUGUGUUAGAUGAGAUGGAUUUCUCAGGCAUGGAUCUGGAUGACGCGCUUAGGAAGUUUCAAGCUCAGAUUAAAGUUCAAGGAGAAGCUCAGAAAGUCGAGAGAUUGGUUGAGGCUUUCAGUCAGAGAUACUGCGUGUGCAACCCAGCGCUCGUCCGUCAGUUUCAAAACCCGGACACCAUCUUCAUCCUGGCGUUUGCCAUCAUCCUUCUCAAUACAGACAUGUACAGCCCUAAUGUCAAAGCAGAGAGGAAGAUGAAACUGGAGGACUUCAUCAAAAACCUCAGAGGAGUGGAUAAUGGACAAGAUAUUCCCAGGGAUUUGCUAGUCGGGAUCUACCAGCGCAUUCAGAAAUGGGAACUCAGGACAAAUGAUGACCACGUGUCUCAGGUUCAGGCUGUGGAAAGGGUCAUCGUGGGCAAAAAGCCUGUGCUGUCUUUGCCUCAUCGCAGGUUGGUGUGCUGUUGUCAGCUGUAUGAAGUCCCUGACCCCAAUCGACCUCAGCGGAGUGGAGUUCACCAACGUGAAGUCUUCCUCUUUAAUGACCUGCUAGUGGUAACAAAGAUCUUCCAGAAGAAGAAGACUUCUGUGACGUACAGUUUCAGACAGUCUUUUCCCCUGGUGGAGAUGCAGGUUCAUAUGUUCCAGAACUCCUACUAUCCUCAUGGUAUUCGACUUACAUCAGCAAUGCCAGGCAGUGAGCGGAAAGUUCUGAUUGUGUUCAAUGCACCGAGUCAGCAGGAUCGAACGCGAUUCACCAGUGACCUGCGUGAGAGCAUCGCUGAGGUUCAGGAGAUGGAGAAAUAUCGGGUAGAAUCUGAGUUAGAGAAGCAGAAAGGUGUGAUGCGUACAGGACUCCUCAGUGGAGAGGUGGGCGGGGUCAGCGGGAUGAAGACGGAGGCUGUAAAUGGCACUAUGAGUAGACCCAGUCUGGAUGACACGUACACAGCAGGGGAGGGGCUUAAACGAACAGCUCUUAGCUCCUCACUGAGAGACCUCACUGAGACAGGAAAGCGAGGCCGUAGAAACAGCGUUGGCUCUUUGGAUAGUACCAUUGAAGGAUCCAUCAUUAACAGUCCUCAGCCACACCAACGGCUUCCCAUGGGAGGCGCUGUUCCUGGCUGCUAUGGGCUGGAAGACUACCGGCCUAAUCGCCCCAUCCUGAGCCCCGGAGUAGGGGUGGGGGGUGGGCCGGGGCAGCAUCACAACGCCGUAGGCAAUAUGGGGGGGAUUCCUGGCAUCGGCGAUCGAGGUGGGGGGCCGGGGAGCAGUUCUGGAGGGAGCAAUUCAGGUUCCUUCCUGGGCUCCCUGUUUGGCAACAAACGAGGCAAACCUCCAGCUCCCCUUAUUCCCCCCGGGCCGCAUUACCCGGCCCCCGUGCCGCCUCCCACUACAGGAGGGCCGCCACCUCCAUCCCCCUCCGCCCUCAGCCAGUCAGACCCCGGUGGGCCAUCCAAAAUCCAAGCGCUGCACGCUCAGUACUGUCACAACAAUAUAGGUCAGCCUCCGCCCCCGUACCACCAUCAUCACCGAUAUCACAUGCAGGUAUCCGCCCCAGGCCAUCCACCCGCUACCCACCAUACACUUCAGCGAGGGUCCCUUCCCCGACGCGGACCGCCCGCUCCUUCUCACGCCCAGCUCCAGCAGCAGCUAUCCCAUCAUGCUAUGCAGCAAUGCCGCUACGGCAACAUGGCCUGCACCCCUCCGCCUCUCUCCCCACAUUCGCCCCAUUCCCCCACCGGCCCUUUCAGCUUCUACCACGCACACCUCAACACCAUACGCCACGUACGCACACCCGGUCCUACCGGCAAGCUUCCACUCACCCUGUCUCAUUCUCAGCCCCACCCACACGCCCACUCCCACGUUCACUCUCAUAUCCACAGCCAUCCCGGUCACGUCCACAGCCCCCACCCUCUACUACAUCACUCCGCCCAUCAACCUCACUUCGUAUUCUCCCCUCCCCCUCAGGCGCCAUCCGCCAUCACCGCUCGCCACAUACCCCAGGGCGCCAGCCAUUACGUACCGCAGUACCCGCCCCUUUCCUCCAUCCCGCCCCCUCCUCCACACUCCCCCUUACCCCCUCCGUCCUCACCACAUACCCCACUCACUCCUCUCACCCCGCUCUCACCGCAUGCCCCGCAGCUUCCCGGGCCCAUGGGGGCCCAACCGGGUGGCCCAGGGGGUGGAAUAGGAAGCGGAGCCAGCAACAGCAGCACGGGCGGCAGCUCCAAAUCCAAACCUAUCAACCGCAUCAGCACGGUGGUGUGAGGGUAAGCCGCGGAAGAGGGCGCAGGGUCAGAGUCCCAACGCAGAGGAGCCGAAGCCCAGGCAAGAGGAAGCACACCAUACUCAGACUCUGUUACUUCCACAUACGCUUCCCUCAUGUGUAAAGCCUCAAGAUGUCGCAGGAGAGCGGGAACAUGGCCGGCUACAUGGCCAGUGUUAGCCUAAAUACAGGCAAAACACUCGCUGUUGGCAGCCAUUGCAGACAUUGGCCGCAUCAGCAUCUACUCUACUAUUGAAGUUCUGAGAAGCCAAAAGUGAUGAAGGAAGACAGUGAAGAAGCAUUGAAAAAGAGUUUAAAGAGUUGUUUUUGCUGCCAAAGGUGAAGCUUACUUGAAGAAGGGGGUGCCAAUGUAAAUCAAACUGAGAUUCUGGAUUGAAAUAGACCAAAUGUAACCCUGUAAAGGUGGUAUGCUGAGAUUUUCCGCUUUAAAAACUGAGGAAGCAUGGACCAAACCGGACAGAGGUCUGCAAAAUAAAGCAGAAAUUGGGACUUGAACUAAACUUUUAUUUGUAGUCUCUUUAAGUUUUCAUGUGUCUCAGAUGACAAUCAUUUCAGGGUCAGUCAGAAAACUAUGAAUACAUUCCUCAAAUUUUCAAAUCAGUUUCUCGUCAGAAGUAUAAAAAGGGCCAGAAUGCACUUUUUGAGGGAUGCCAAUAACAUUUUUGAGACAUUUCUGUAUAUCUUGUGAGUGGAGGAACAGGGUGUAGGAACGUUGUUAUUUUUAAAAAUACUUUUUGUUAUUCAUUGUCAGGUUUGUAACAGGUCCGCUAUUUCUUGCUGAAAUUUGCUGGUACUUCAAAGAACUUCUUUAUUAGUUCAGGGUGGUUUAUGCUGGUUCGAGCUGGUUUGGCUAUGGUGGAUCAACAUUCAGUAGCUAUGCUUCACCAACAAAAACAGAACGCAUCAGCAUUGUCUUUUUUCGACCAAGGAAGUCUUGGUGCUUAAGCUAGUUAAGAAAUCACCAUGCGAAACUCUACAUUGCCCGUUUUCAAAAAAGAUACUCGUGUAAACAUACAUUUUUUUUAGACCUUGUGAUUUCACCAAACUCAGCCACCAAUCACUGAUCAGUACAUAUAACUCAACACCACCCCUGCUGUUACCUCAGCUUGUGCAUUUCCCUCUUUUAUUCUGUCUAUAGCUGUUUAUACAAUCUCAUCUGACCAAUGAUACAUCUAUAUUUGGCAAUUCAUUACAUAACCUUAGUGCCUACAGUAAAGUCAUCGGUGGUUUGAGAUGAAUAAGGUUGUAAUGCAACUGGAUAUUUUCUCUGGACCACCUUCGGAUAAACAGAAUGAGGGCCACUGUAUUCCUACAGUUAGGUCUGGACUUGGUUUUGUACGGCGUCAAAACAAGGCAGUUAAAAUGUGCAGUUAUGAUAUCUUGGAAGAAAAGAACCACUGGAUUUGGGUGAUUUGUGGGUGGAUUUAUUACUAUUAUGAUGUCAAAUACUACUGAUAUAAUUCUUGCUAUUUUUGGUGUAAAAGCAACUACUAAUAUUAUGGAUGUGUUUUAGCGGAGUGCUGUGCCGAUUGUUUUUUAAGAGCUUUUUUUAGAAAGACAGACAGGUUAGAUUCCUCGUGUACAAAUUAAUGUUUAGCAAACUAAUUGGAAUGAUUUCAGGUAAAUGUUUUGCAGCAAGUUUGUAAAAUGAUAUUAUCUAUGUAAAAAAAAAUGUAUCCAUGUAAGCGUCGUUGUUGCCAGAAGCCAUACACACUUACUUGAGCAGCUCGCUCUUUUAAUAUUGUAAAAUAAUGCCGAGUUGCAUGUCCAAUGUCAGUGGCCACUUAUUUUUUUUAAAUGAAAGCGUUUAGGGACCUAUAUGCACACACACUUGUUCACAGUAAAAUAUCUUUAUAUGUGAAGAGUACACUUUUGCUGACAUUUUCUGAUUUUGCACAUCCACAAGUUAAAGUUCAUCAGUGCCUAGGAUCCAAAGGUUCAUUACCAUUUGCGUCCCUUUCUUUGUCACUUCUCUCCAUUGACACCCAAAAUAGGCCAGCACAGGAUCAUUCAUAGUAUUACAUUAAAGAUGUGUUUGUGUUGGGGCAGUUAUUUUUGUACUUUUAAAAUAUUAAUUAUACUUUCUUAUAAGUCCAACUAGGAUAAAAAUAUAUAUUUUAAAUUAUGAAUUUAUGCUGUUACAUUUUAUAAUUUUUAUUUUGUUUCACCCACAUUUAAUGUGAUCGGUUGGAUUCCAGUACUUUAAAUCUUCCUGUAUUGCCCAUGACUGGAAGAAACCAUAAAGCAGUGAUUUACCUUGUAAUGAAAUUUCUGUCAUAAUUCUUUCACCCUCAUGUCUUCUAAAACAUUAUUUAUAGCCAAAUUUCUGCUCUUUUCCAAUUUUGAAAGUAAUUGAUGACCACUUGUGUCAAGCAAGAUUCUUAAGGGAGUUUUUUUCUGAAUAAUGAAUUUAAUUUUAGUUUUUUUUAUAUCGGUAUGAUCUUAUGAUUCAAAAGACAUGCUACAGUAUAAAAUGCAUAAGUCACUUUUGCUAUACUUUUGAUUUAUGAUGUGAUCCACAUUACUGUGCAAAAGUCUUAUGUUGUGUUUACGGUGCAUUCACACGGGGCAUACGCGUUAACACUUCCCAUUCACUUUUAAUGGGUGACGUCAUGCGUUGCCAAACUGAAUUGUGGAUCCGUCGGCACGCUAGAGGCGGUAAAAACAUGGUAGUUAGACGCUUGAACAUUUGAGUUCAUUCGCGUAUGAAAUUCUAGUCAUUCGAGAAAUUCAAGAGGAAAUUAGCGUCAUGGGAGGGGCUUCUGCGACUCCGCCACUCCGUUCGCUUUCUGAAAUCACGUCACUACUACAGCAAGGUCCUGUUUGGUUAAUGCGUCUCGGAAAUCCGCCGAAGUUCAGAUUUUUGCGAAUGACCCGUUAUGGGCGUCACAUUUGCUGCGAAAACACGCGCUAUUCGCCUCAAACGUGUCUUCGCCCAAGUUGAAAAUAUUCAACUUGAGCGAAAAAUUCGCAUAACAUGAAGUUAAAUCCCGCGAGUAAUCUAAAGCGAGUAACGCGAUGCCCCGCGUUUGGUGUGUGCAUAGCAUAAGACUUUUGCCCAGUACUGUAUAUUGUGUUUUUAAAGCCUGGCAGUCCCUCCACAUUUAUUGCAUUGACAUUCUGCUAAACUGCUGUUUUUGAAAGAACCUCAUGCAGGUUCAAAAUGACAUGAGGGUUAGUAAAUAGUGACAGCAUUUUCAUUUUUGAGUGUUUUGUCUUUUUGUGCUUAUGCCCUAUCUGAUUUCAUAAGCUACUACACGAUCUGAAUCUUAAGUACCAUUUCCAACAUUUCAUUCUUUCCUUUGGGUUUGCCGUGGGUUUAGCUUCUCUCUAGCUCUAAUGCUUUGCUCUUGUGCUUGUAUUAACAGUUCUGAGUGCUUGGGCAUGCUGAGCUCAAACACAGAUACAGCAGAGAUGUAUGAUGUUAAAAAAAAUCAAUCCAGUAUUUUUUCUAAACGUGUGUACUGGAUUCUAGACAUGCUAAUGUGUUGCGCCACUGUGCCCUGUGUUGCAUGUGUAUCUGCACUUAGCUGAAUGACGCUGUAUAAACCUGAAUGUAUAUAUUAGUUGAUAUAAACAUGCCAUAUUUACUCUGCACUGGACUGGGAAUCAAUAUGGGACUGGGCAUGGGAACAUGAACAAUUGUUUACAUUUUAAGGACUGGGGCGGGGGGGCUCGGAACGAAUUGUAAUUGUAAAAUUGUAUCAGUAUGUGUGUGUAAGAGCAGUUCCUAUAUUUAAGAAGAAUUAAUUGUAUGAAAUUUUAUUUGUAUAUAUGUAUGAGGUUACAAUGCAAAACGAAUUCAGAGAGAUUAUGUGAUAAUUUAUUGCUCUCAUUCUAUAAAACAUGUUCUUGCUGUUGGAAAGACUUAUUAUUAUUAUUUCUGACAUCAGACAAUAUUUUUGUGUGACUACCUGUUGUGUGUUUCUCUCUUUUC